CAUCUCUCUUGCGCAUGUCUAACAACACGUGCAGCUUUGGUGGCUGUUUUCAGUUUGUAGCGGAACAGUUUUUCGACACUUUCUUAAAAUUGUGCGGAGAGUCAUAAGUCAGUUUUAAAUGGGGGGACUUCCGAAGAAAAAGUUUGAGAGGGGCUCUGCCACCAACUACAUAACCAGAAACAGAGCACGCAAGAAGUUAAUGCUGAGCCUCCCUGACUUCAGGCGGCUGUGCAUCCUUAAAGGUAUUUAUCCUCAUGAACCAAAACAUAAGAAGAAGGUGAACAAGGGCUCCACAGCCCCAAGGACCUUCUACCUGCUCAAAGACAUUCGCUUUCUGCUACAUGAGCCAAUCGUCAACAAGUUCAGAGCGUAUAAGAUAUUUGUACGUAAACUAAGGAAAGCAUAUGGAAAAACAGAGUGGUCUGCUGUGGAAAGACUUAAAAGCAACAAGCCAACAUAUAAAUUGGACCACAUUGUCAAAGAAAGGUACCCCACCUUCAUUGAUGCCCUUCGAGACAUUGAUGAUGCUCUCUGCAUGUGCUUCCUCUUCUCCACAUUCGCCAGAACAGGAAAAUGUCAUGUGCAAACAAUUCAGCUGUGCAGACGUCUUACUGUAGAGUGGAUGAACUAUGUGAUUGCAUCUCGUGCUCUUCGAAAAGUUUUCCUCUCGAUCAAGGGAAUUUAUUAUCAAGCAGAGGUGAUGGGACAGCUCAUUACAUGGCUGGUGCCAUAUCAGUUCUCCCAUGAUCACCCGACUGAUGUUGACUACAGAGUCAUGGCAACUUUCACAGAGUUGUACACAACCCUCUUUGGGUUUGUCAACUUCAAACUUUACCAUUCUCUCAACUUGGUCUAUCCUCCAAAGCUGGAUAGUACAGCAGACAUUGAGCUCAAAGAGGAGGAUGAAGAUGAUUAUGCCAUGAGUUCAGAGAGCUACUUGGAGAAACUAUCAGCUCUGAGCUCCAGUCUGGCACGUGUGGUUUCUACAGACGAGGAAGAGGAAGCUAAGCUCGAUCAGUUUCCUACGGAAGGGGAAGACAUAGAGAAGAUGGAAGCUAGAGAGAAGGAACAGAAACAACUGGAAACCCAGAUGAAGUUAUUUGAGGGUCUAAAGUUCUUCCUCAACAGAGAAGUGCCCAGAGAGUCGCUGGCUUUUACCAUCAGAUGUUUUGGUGGCCAGGUGUCCUGGGACAAGUCUGUUUGCAUUGGGAGCACAUAUGACGUGACAGAUGAGACUAUCACACAUCAGAUUGUUGACAGACCCAAUGUUGACAAACAGUACAUAAACAGGUACUACAUACAGCCCCAGUGGGUUUACGAUUGUGUCAAUGCCAAAAUACUCUUGCCCGUGGAGGACUAUUUCCUUGGAGUGACUCUGCCGCCUCACCUGUCUCCAUUUGUGGAGGAGAAGGAAGGAGACUAUGUGCCCCCAGAGAAGCUGAAGAUAAUGGCCCUACAGCGAGGAGAAAAACCUGAACUGGGACAAGAUGAUGAUGAGGAGGAGGACGACGAGGAGGACGAUGGUGAUGAAGAGGAGGAGGACGAAGAGGAGGAGGACGAAGAAGAAGAAGCAGAAGAGAAGAACCUCAAAAAGAUGGAAGAACAAAGGUCCCAGGGCAAGUCUUUGCAAGUUAAGGUGACGCCUGGAAAAGUGAAGGCAGAAAAUCCAUCACGGUUGAAGGAGGAGGAGAAGGCAGAAGAGAAACGUCUUGCCAUCAUGAUGAUGAAGAAAAGGGAAAAGUACCUGUAUGACAAGAUCAUGUUUGGAAAGAAAAGAAAAGUCAGAGAGGCUAACAAGCUCGCUUCCAAAAGGAAAGCUCAUGAUGAUGCUGAGAAAGCAAAGAAGAAGGCCAGAAAAUAACUUUUCUCAUGACGUUCCCCUCAAAUGGACUUUAUGUAUAAAAUUUGAUGUGUUUCAGGCUGAUGUGAGAGAAAAUGUCUCUGCAUCGGAGAGCUUUGAGCUCCACAUGAAUGUCAUACAGAAACACAAGAUGUUUUAUGUGCUAGCUGUGUAAUUAUUACUGUUAAAUCCCCUGUUCUACAUUAUUAAACAUCUUUCACUUCA